CCCCUUCAUCUCUCCAUCCCUCUUUAUGCACACGACGAGCAACACAGCCUGUCCUUCGCACACGGGACAUGUCGUCUGUACUACCUUAGAGUGUUCGAAGACCCUACAACAUUGUCUAGUUUCCCUGCCUUGCUCAGGUCCUAGCUGUUGGCGGUGUUCGCUGCUAAACGGUCCAUGAUCUGACCCUCUAGCUCUCAUAUCCCCUCCACCUCCCUCCAACCUCAGUGUCUCCAUCUAGAUCCAGAUGUCCUCUGUAAUGUUCAGGUUUUGGCAUGUCACCUGAGCCUUGGGCCAGGACUUCUGCUGUGCUUGUGAAUGGAGCACCUCACUUUAUAAACACCAGCCACUUUUCCUAAGGAGUGUGUAUUUUAGCAUCCACUGGUGGCAGAGUCAACAGUAGCUGCUGAUCUUGCCUCCGGGUGGGCAGUUUAUUUUCAAUCCCUUUUGAUAGCUGUACACAGUUCAGUACUACUUCUAUUUCUGUGCAGCUCUGACAUUGCAGUUUGUGUCUCACAUAUUCCAAGAAGACCACGAUCCUACCAUAGAAGAUGCCUAUCAGAAGCAAGUAGUCAUUGACAAUCAUCCUGGAAUACUGGAUGUUCUCGAUACAGCUGGCCAGGAUGAGUUCACAGCGAUGCGAGAGCAGUACAUGAGAGGAGGAGAAGGGUUCAUCCUAAUCUAUUCCAUCACAGAGAAACGAAGCUACGACGAACUGUAUCGGUUCAAGGAAAUGAUUGAUCGCGUUCGCAACUACGAGUCUGUCCCUAUCGUUAUUGCCGGGAACAAGAGCGACUUGGGCCAGAGACGGCAGGUGUCCACCAGAGAAGGGGAGGCCAUGGCAAAAGAGUUCAACUGUCCAUUUUUCGAGACGUCGGCUGCUCUUCGUCACAAUGUGGAGGAGGUGUUCUUUGAGAUAGUGCGCUGCAUUCGCAGCAAGGAGAAUGAGGAUUACCUCGCCAAGAAGAAGGCAGAGAGAGGGGAGAGUGGGCGUGGUCUCUCCAGCCUGUUUUGCUGCUCAUCAAGUGCCACACCUUCCUGAUUAUAAUGUGUGUAUAAGCAGAGACUCUGAGCACAUUACUUUUUUUGGGAUUCUCAGUUUUUGUUGUCUGGUGAAUUUGUGUCGUCACCUGAAAAUAUUUUGAGCUGGCUCA